AUGGCUGCCGCGAGAAGCUACUCGGGCGAGCGCGAUGCCGACGGCCGUCCGCACGGGCGAGGGACGAUGACGUACGAGGAGGGCAUGUACGCGGGAGAGUGGUGCGAGGGCGUUCCGCACGGCUCGGGCACCUUCGUGGCCGGCGGAGAGCGGUACGUCGGCGGCUUCGCCCGCGGUGCGCGCGAGGGGCAGGGCGAGUACCACUGCGCGAACGGCGACCUGUACCGCGGCGGCUACCGCGCGGGGUGGCGGCACGGCGACGGCAAGCUGCUGUACGCGAACGGCGACGCGCUCGAGGGCGCGUGGCUGCGCGGGCAGCUGCACGGGCCUGCCACGUACCGCUUUGCGUCCGGCGAGCGGUCGGUCGGCCGCUACUGCCUCGACGAGGAGGUUGGCGGCGGC